AUGGUAUGGCCGCUGGCGGCGGAAACUAUGCCUACGACUGUGAGCGAGGUGGACGCCACACUUUGGACGCAAGAGUCGACGUCAACAGCCGCGACCGUGGACGAUGAUUAUGAUGAUGAUGAUGGCGCAUGGAGUCACCCUGCAUCACCUGCGUGGGAGGCUGGCAAUCUUCCCGAGUCGCCGUAUAUCCCCUCUGCGCAACCCGUGUUUUAUCCCUUUUCGCCACCCGCUUCGGGUAUCGGUCCGCUGACCCCUGUUCGACGGCUCUCGAACACUGGCAACUCCUGGGUCUCGGAGCUCGAUACUGACUUUGAAGUAGAAGAAAUGGUCGAUGACAUGCUGCAGGUCGUCUCUGGAAUGGUGCUGUAA